AUGACACUCUUCUCCCUCCUCUACUCUCUCCUCUUCCUCCUCCUCCUCCGUUUCUCCGCCGCAUACCCUCUCCCGACAACGAACUACUUCAACUCCUUCUUACCAUCCGACGCCGUCGCUCUCCUCUCCUUCAAAUCCACAGCCGAUCUCGACGGCAAGCUCCUAUACUCCCUCACCGAGCCUUACGACUACUGCCAAUGGCGUGGCGUCGAGUGCUCUCAAGAUCGCGUCGUUCGCCUUGUUCUAAACGGCGUCGGCCUCCGGGGACGUUUCUCCCCGGAGACUCUCAGCCGUCUUGACCAGCUCCGUGUUCUUAGCCUUGAAGAUAACUCCCUCUCUGGCUCGCUCCCUGAUCUAUCUCCACUCGUUAACCUCAGAACCCUAACCCUAAGCAGAAACGGUUUCUCCGGUGCUCUCCCUCCCUCGCUCCUCUCCCUCCAUCGUUUGAUCGUGCUUAACCUCUCGUAUAACAACUUCUCCGGGGAGAUUCCGGCGGAUAUCAAUGCGCUGACGCGGCUCAGUUCUUUGAAUCUUGAGUUUAACCGAUUCAGCGGCGGACUCCCGCCGCUGAAUCAGUCUUACAUGAUGUCGUUUAACGUCUCAGGGAAUAACCUCACCGGGAAGAUCCCGGUGACGGCUACUCUGUUACGUUUCAAUGUAACCUCCUUCUGGCCUAACGCUGGUCUCUGCGGUGAGAUCAUUAACAGAUCCUGCGGCUCACGUUCUCCUCCAUUUUUCGAUUCGUCGAAACCGAACGCCACAUCAUCAUCGCAACCGCCUCAAACCGCUCAGAAUGGUGAAGCAACGUUACCGACUAUUCCUGGUUCAGUAGUGAAUAAUAAAAAGAGUAAAAGUGGAUGGUUAGUGCUAGGUUUCACCAUUGGUCUCGCGUCACUAGUAGUCCUCGGUCUCUGCCUUGUCGUGUACUCUUUGGUUAUCAAGAACCGGAGAGAUGAUGACGUGGACGAUACUACGCAACCGAAUCUAAAAGGAGAUACUACACAACCACAAACCGAAUCUCUCACCACACGAGCAGUUAUCAAACCAUUGAAGCGUGAGGAGGAAGUCAAGAUUCAAAUCCAAGCGCCAUCGCCGCAAAAGAGAGUCCCAAGAAGCGGAGAUUUAAUAUUCUGCGGCGACGUUGACGAAUCCAGAGAAGGAGGCAUGUACACGUUGGACCAGCUGAUGAGAGCUUCGGCGGAGCUUUUGGGGAGAGGAUCUGUAGGGACGACGUAUAAGGCGGUGAUGGUUAAUCAGAUGAUCGUGACGGUUAAGAGAUUUGCACCGUCCAAAACAGCUGUUACUUCGGAUUUGGAGUUUGAGAAUCACAUGGAGAGAGUUGGUAAGCUUAGGCACCCGAAUCUUGUGCAGACAAAAGCUUAUUUUCAGUCGAAUGGAGAGAGACUUGUUAUCUAUGAGUACCAACCUAACGGAAGUCUCUUCAACCUUAUUCACGGUUCAAAAACAUCAAAGACAAAGCCAUUACAUUGGACAUCAUGUUUAAAGAUAGCAGAAGAUGUAGCUCAAGCACUACAUUACAUUCACCAAUCAUCUUCAAAAUUCCAUGGAAACCUAAAGUCAACAAACAUCCUCCUAGGUCACGACUUCGAAGCUUGUCUCACGGAUUACUGCCUUAGUGUCUUAAUAGACUCAUCUGUCCCUCCUAGUGACCCUGACAUCGCUUCCUACAAAGCUCCUGAGAUCAGGAAAUCAACAAACUACCCUACGGCCAAAUGCGAUGUUUACUCCUUUGGAGUCUUUCUCUUGGAGCUGUUGACGGGUAAACCGGCUUCAAGGCAACCGUUUAUGGGAGAGGGCGAUAUGUUGGAUUGGGUAAGAGCAAUGAGACAAGAAGAGAAGAAGUCCAAGGAGGAGAAUGGGCUUGAAAUGAUGAGUCAAACAGCUUGUCUUUGCCGUGUGACGUCGCCUGAUAAAAGGCCAAUGAUGAGAGAAGUGAUAAAGAUGAUUCAAGAUAUAAAGGAGAGCGUUGUGAUGACUGAAGAGAACGAUAAAUGCCAGUACUCAUAG